UCGUCAGAAAGGACGUUCAUAGAAUAAAACGGGACGACGUUUUCAGGACUUUUUCAUACUGUCGUUUUUUGGUCCAUUUUCUAAGUGAAGCAAAUUGUGUAAUGUGAUGCUCGUUGCGCUGUAUCUGGAAACAUAAUCGAUACCAUCAGGAACCAGGCUGUUUAUGAUUCGUUGCAUCAACGUGUGCGAUCGUGGAUGAUUGAAGUGAUCGUGAUCUGUUUUUUUAAAUGAUCGGAAAUUCAGUAUCAAGUGUCAUUGUUUUUGGUUGAAUGUUUUACGGCUCAUCGAAAGCCAGGAAAUUGGUGAAGCACUACAGCUGAGAUUUUCUCAGAUAUAAAUGGAUUAAACAGUUUUUGUGUUUUUGAGGCAAGAGAGAGAAAAAAAGGAAGGAAGAUCCGUUUCCGGUAAAGGUUUUGUGCAAGCAAAGAAGCAAAAUAAAAUUAAGUGAUCAGUGUGAACGAUCAAGGAACGAUUGGGAACUGAUGCGAGAUUAAGUUUUGUGGUCGGUAGUAUAAUAGUGAUACAGCAUCAUGGUACGAAGUCUAGCCCAAUGGACCAAAACACUCAGCUUUCCGGCCAGGAUUUCGCCUAACCGGAACUCGAAGGAGUGCAACGUGAACGUGUUGCCGAUCACACCGCCUCCGGCGCCGCCGAGGAACAAAUCAACGACCUCGACGAGCGGCUGCUCGUCCAAUUCGUCGACCACUUCUUCCUCGCCGUCACCGCCGCCCAACGUACCGAUCACGGAAAUUAGCCAAAUCAUCUAUCCAGAUCCCGAAUCUGAGAAGGCCAUCAUGGGAUCGCUGGUGUUCUGCAUCCACCACAAACAGGGCUGCAAAUGGUCCGACGAACUGCGCAAACUUAAGGCCCAUCUGAACACCUGCAAGCACGAUGCGAUUCCCUGCCCGAACAAAUGCGGCUCGCAGAUCCCGCGGGUCAUGAUGACGGACCACCUGGCCUUCACCUGCAUCUUGCGUCGUGCCAUCUGCGAGUUUUGCAACGUGGAAUUCACCGGUAUCGGCCUCGAGGAGCACGCUGGAACGUGCAGCUCGGAGCCGAUCUACUGCGAGUCGAAAUGUGGAGCGCGUGUUGUGCGCGGCCGCAUGUCCAUUCAUCGGGCUAAGGAUUGUGCGAAGCGGCUGCGUCGUUGUCCGCACUGCAGCCGUGAGUUCAGCGCCGACACGCUGUCCGCUCAUGGGGCCACGUGCCCACGUAGUCCAGUGCCAUGUCCACAGCGUUGCGAUGCGGGUCCGAUGGCUAGGUCGGAUCUGGAGGCACAUCUGCGUGAUGAGUGCAAGGCACUCGCCGUCCCGUGCACCUUCAAGGAGGCCGGUUGUCGUUUCAAAGGACCACGUCACCUGCUGGAAGCCCACCUGGAAACGAAUACCUCCGCCCAUCUGUCGCUGAUGGUUGCCCUGUCGAGUCGUCAGGGACAACAAAUCACCAUGUUGAAGAGCGCCAUGGCCAAACUGAGUACCAAUUAUACGGGGACCCUGCUCUGGAAGAUCACCGAUUGGUCGGUCAAAAUGGUUGAAGCCAAGAGCAAGGAUGGUCUCGAGCUGGUCUCGCCACCAUUCUACACCAGCCAGUAUGGGUACAAAUUGCAGGCCUCCAUGUUCCUCAAUGGCAAUGGCCCCGGCGAGGGAUCACACGUUUCCGUGUACAUCAAAGUGCUUCCGGGAGAGUACGAUGCCCUGCUAAAGUGGCCGUUCUCCCACUCGGUAACAUUCACCCUUUUCGAGCAAAGCACACUCGGAGGUCAAGGUGGUGUGGCCGAAUCGUUCGUUCCCGAUCCGUCCUGGGAAAACUUCCAACGUCCAUCGACCGAACCGGAUGCGCUCGGGUUUGGAUUUCCGCGGUUCGUUUCCCACGAGCUGUUGAACCGUAGGCCAUUCGUGCGCGAUGACACAGUUUUCCUGCGUGUUAAAGUUGACCCUAGCAAAAUAGUGGCCGUGUAAAUGGAACCAUCCACAGAAACAAAACAAAAAAAAGCAAAAGACUCCUAGUUUUAAGAGCGUGUAAUACAAACACACACAAACACAACGAGAGAACAAUGAACUGCAUUUACUCUAUAAUUCGCAUUGUAAAUAUAGUUAGCGAACAUAGUCGUAGUAUAAAGAGAGAAAAAAAAACCUGUACAUAAAUCGAAAAAGAGAGUUCGAUCUUCCCCCCAUAGGGAGAAAAAGACGCUCACACGAACUGCGGCUUGCACCAAAACCCAAAAUAGAGGCGAAUGAACUGCAAAGUUUAAAGCCUCUUAAAAACAAAGAAAGAAGAAGAAACCCAAAACACUGUACACACAUCCGAGCGAAAGCGCGCGCGAAUUCAAACGAAUCAGCUUAAAAAUCUCAAUUUUUAUCGUCGAUUUGUUAUCAUAAUCCAUGUAGAUUUAAGUGUGCUCAGGGUUAUUCGUUGUUGUAAUUUUCUUUCCCCUCUCGCGUACGCAAGGAUCGAAAACAGCAGAAACUACCGCUGGAAUUAUGCCAAAGUUUUGUUUGGAUGGCUUUGCGCAGUGCUGGGGCUCCACGCAGCCAGGCAAAGCUCACAUCAUAAUCAAUAACUGAUCAUUCUUUGUCCCCAUAUAUUUUUUCGUCGUUUUUGCUCUCGUUCUCCAGAACCACUGUCAUUCAGUUUUCUGGGAAAGAUUUUACUGUCAAAAUUUUAACUUGAAUUAAACUUUGUUUCACGUUUUCUUUCUUCGCUAUCACAAACAUAUGUGUAUGAUUACGACUGGAGAUCAGAGACGAAAUUGUUAAAGUGUAGGUGAAAAUAUCGAGUCAUUAGGUUAAUUUCAUUAUUAGUUUGGUUACUUUGCGUUGUUGCCAAGAGGAACUGCAUUGAGGCAAAAACAGGCGAAUGUUCCCCCUCCCCUAUUCAUUGAGAAACCAUUCUCCUGAGGCCACAGUGUGGGAAUCAUUUCAAAACAUAUGUAACAGUAAGAAUAUUUAACCACGUGUAGAAGUUAAGGAUAAUAUAAUUGAUAACAUUGAAGCAACGAAACAAAUACAAACAAAAUAACAAUGAA